UUUCAUGCUAUGAUGGCUCGACCUAAUCAUAAUAUUCCCAGUACUUUGCUACAAGGAUCAUCACACCCCAUCUAUUUUCUCUGCACUCUAAUUCGUUUUAUUAUAUUUUUGGCCCGUGCUUUGGAGCUAGGGUAUCUUAGCCAAUACAAUAUGCUUACGCAGCUUCAGAGCCUCUGAUCAUUUUCGGCUAUGAGAUUUCCCCACCUUAACGCGUUUUGAACGACGUAUCGUACCGCAGGGUCAAUACAUAAAUCAUCGCAAGGAUGCCUAAUACCAUGCGGCUGGCAUGUAUUGACAGGCAAGGAAACGCGAAUGAGCUUAGUGCGAUGUUACAGCAACAACCAUAUGACGCUCGUGACUUAGUGGCCGAUGCCGUAUUCCAGUGCCAACGAUCGCUUUCGGACUAUUUGGACUACCUCCAGACAGAGAGUGCGGUACGAAACGCAAUGAUCCAUUUCCAAGGCGAGCAAGAAAAAUAUGCGAGGGCCUAUGUACUCAGUCGUACGCUCGACCACCGCACCCAGAAAACGGCUAGAGCUGAUCUCAUCUAUCUCGCUUUUUACCACGGGGGUCCUCUGGCUCUAGUGGGUAUCUUCUACGCAACAAUUGAUGCCCAUCGUAACCCCCGUAGCCGUGAAGUACUAGAUUACUUGUUGAAUACAGCAUCAGAUGAAACCAAACUCCGGUUGAUUGCGCGAGUGGGCACAUUUCCAUGCAACCCAAGCAUAGGCACUUGGCUGCUAAAGUUACUAGAAAAGCUAGAACCUAGCGUUCAACAGUUUGCAUGUAUACUUCGGUGCUUGAGUACUUCGGAGGUACCGAAGGAAUUGUUCUAUCGCGCGCGUGCACCAUCCUUGACUUGGGGUGCAGAUGGGGAGGCUACUGGGACCAAUCUACCCGUGAUCCUUCCGGUCACUGAGGAGUCCAAGUUUGCAAACGCAGUGGCCCGCUUAGAACACAUUGGCUUUGUGCAUGUUUCGGAGCAUGCUCUAGGCCUGAAUGCUCGAAUAGCAGAACUGCUUCAUGGGCACCUUGAACAGGCUAUAUUCGUUGCAGAAGCUUUCAAGGUUGUUACGCACGGUUUUCCCAAGUACCCAGAGUUGGAAUCUAAUAGCUACCUAGAACAGUGCGAGACGUUCCUACCUAUCUUACAAAACGCCUCUGCCUAUCUUAUUAACAUGCAGGCCGCGACCCUUGUCGACAACGCAAGCGUGACGCAGCUCGUUGAAGCGUACCUAUCAGCUUCAAAUUUCGGCGAUAAGCCGUGGAAGCAAAAGGCUAUCGCGAUCGCCACAAAGGCGGCCCAGAAUCUGGCCGACUCCCCGAGCAAAACGCUAUUUGCUGCCGUGUUACGUGUGAGACAGGACUCGCUGGCGCACCUGUAUCAGGAUGCAAGCCAGGGCCAAGGGCCCAUUAUUUUUCCUAUAGUUGAUCAUCGAUCCAAUGGGCUUUCUGCCCAAUUAGCCAUAUUAGAGGCCCGGAAAUGCAUAAGUUUCAAUGCUCUGGCGUCGGCUUCAGAAUACCUAGCAAAAUACCAACCUUCUUUGUACGGUCCGCCGUCCUCGCUGGAGAUGAUGCAAAAUAAACAAGUAACCCUUAUGCGUAGUCGAAUCUUACGCCUAGAAGGUCGCUUCCAAGAUGCUUACGAUCUAUUACAACAGGCGCUCGAUGACGGAAACCAGACGGUUUCCCUCCUUGGCACCCUGCUCUGUGAGCUCGGGAGGCAUGACGAAGCGAUCCAAAAACUGAACCAGCAGAUAGCGAAAAAUUCACGGAGAGGAAUGUUCGCUGUCAAGAUUGCCUUAGGAAACGCUUAUCUAUUUCGAUGCAUGCGAUAUGUCAGCCGUAAAGAACCCUUAGAUUGGCAAACAUUGCUAUCAGCUCGCGAUAUUUUCCAGGGCCUUUGUAUUCCCCCUACGGAUCCAGUCACCUAUUACGGCAAGAUGAAUCGCUUGUCUGCCCUUUUUGGGCUUGCCCUAGUAGAUCAUCUUAAUGGACGGCUAGACUCCGCCUUGUCCGCAUGGCAUGACACCCUUGUCGCAUCGCACCAGUAUUUACCCACUGGCUAUACGGAUAUGAUCAUCUCAUAUUCAACCAGUGAGCUCGAAGGCAGGCGCGGAGCUAACGCACAGUCAACCAUACUAGAAGGCCAAGCCAGGACCUUGUUUAGUAGGACAGGGCGUCAACACCACUUUGCUGGCCUUGGUUCAACAUGGCCUGAUAUUAUUGGCGAGUGGCUUUUGGCACAGGGUCGUAGUCCGGUCGUACCUAUACAAGAGCAUAGAUAAACCUUUGUUCACGCCUUAGCGUAGGCAGUACCCUCCGCCAGGGUGGGAGGAAAUUGGUACUCGAAGAUACAUGGUACUUUUGUCACCCAGUGGCGUGGGGCCAUGGACCAAUAGAGGCUUUAUGAACGUCCAAGGAAAGCACCUAACUGGUUACCCAAGCUCUCGUCUCGGGACCACACUACCGUAGUUGAGACUUCAGAUUGAAAAUUUGAUGGUUAGCCCAACCACUUUUAUGAUAUCAUUUCCAUUAAGAAAAUAGCAGCUAUAAAUUACAAGGACUUAAAUGUAUGAAGUAUUAUAUACAUAGAUACCUAGGUAAUUUAGUUUUAACCAAAAUGUGACGAACCUAUGCCUCAAAGAGGUAUAGUCGUUACUGGAUUGACUAAUCCGGGUGUCUUGAUUUGAAGGUAACAGUAUCAAUAGUAGGUCAAGUAAUUGGGUAAGUUCUGUUUGUCAGAGAGGCUUGGAGUCCUCUCACUAUACUCGAAAGAAUAGUCUUAGAUUGAUAACUAAAGAGCUAUGGAAAGAGUGACUAGAUACAUAGGAAA